AGAGCGAGGAAGAGUGUUGUGGGGGUGCAAUGCCACAGGCUCAGUGCAAGACCACACAGUCAGAUGCUCUGUGCAGGGUCAGCUAGUAAAAUGUAAAAUCAAUGAAUAGUAUGGCAUAUGUCUGUGCAACUAUUCCCCUUAGGGGAUAGGGCUGCUAUAGGAAGAAGGAUUUGAGCUCCCUGCCUGGCACCUGCAGGUCGGGCUGAGCGGGAAUCCUGCCUGAGAGCCUCGGGAAGCCACUGCCAGUCUGUGUAUUGACAGUACUAAGCUGGAUGGACUAAUGGUCUGACUCAGUGGAAGACAGCUUCCUAUGUUCAUAUUUUCAAUUGGGCUCAUUUGCAAGGUGCCCGUCACUUUAAGAAAGUUGGAGCGAGUGCUGCUGAGAGCUGUGGCUGGCCAGUCUUUUCCCAAACAUUCUGCUUGCCUUGCAGGGCACUCUGGUAUCCUGGCUCUAUGGUAUCCCGGUGAAGAGGAGGGGAGGGAGCCUCAAGGAGCGUAGCACAGCAGUCCCGUGGCUCCACAGGAGCACUGGGAGGGGGUAGGCAACCUCACCUGCUUGCUGAACCUGGUUUUAGAGGAGGGGCUGGGAACUGGGUGACCCUCUUUUGACAGAGCUCUGUUUGGGAGCAUACUGAGGUUCCACACGGUAGUGCUGACCCCGCCACUUUCGGACCUCAAGCCCUGUUUUUGCUGGUCGUGAGAAUAGCUUCAUUGACUAGCUGCAGUUCAACUCAAUCUUAUUUGUCAGUGCCAUUAUUUCUAAUUAACUAAUUUCUAAUUAAUUAAUUACAAUUAUAAAUAAUAAUAAAUAAUUAUUAUGUUAAUUCUAAUUAAUAAUUAACUAAUCCUGAGAGCUAGGAGUCAAGGGUGUUUAAGACUGUUUUGCAAUGUUUUCUUUGUAAAAGCAGGCACCACCCACUCAGCUAUAACCCUGAGCAACACUGCCCUUGAGCAGACUGGAUUGCAAAUUGCAUUUUUUAAUUCCUAUUGAAAACUGCUUAUUGAAAUGGAUUGGAUUAAUCCCAUUUCCAUGUUGUUCCUGUUUGUCUUUACAAUUAUGUACCUUUUGAAAAUGGGAGGUUUCUGGAAUAGCAGGAACAAUAAACAUUUUCCACCAGGACCUAGACCUCUACCAAUCAUCGGAAACCUCCACAUAAUGGAUAUGAAGAAGCCCUACACAACAAUGUUAAAGGGAACUGAGAUCAUGCCAUUACUGGCCUCUGUGCUGCAAGAUGAGACCCAGUGGGAGAAGCCAUACAAAUUCUACCCGGAGCAUUUUCUCGACUCUGAUGGGAAAUUUGUAAAGAGAGAUGCAUUCAUGCCUUUCUCUGCAGGUUUCUGGAAUAGCAGGAACAAUAAACAUUUUCCACCAGGACCUAGACCUCUACCAAUCAUCGGAAACCUCCACAUAAUGGAUAUGAAGAAGCCCUACACAACAAUGUUAAAGUUGUCAAAACAGUAUGGCUCCAUCUUCAGUGUCCAAAUGGGACUCAAGAAAGUGGUAGUACUGACAGGAUAUGAGACGGUCAAGGAGGCAUUGGUGAACCAGGCAGAUGCAUUUGCUGAGAGGCCCUUCAACCCGAUGCUUGAUGAAAUUUCCAAGGGCCAUGGUCUCGUUUUUGCUCGUGGUGAAAACUGGAAAGUCAUGAGGCGGUUUACAUUAACCACGUUACGGGACUAUGGGAUGGGCAAGAGGACUAUUGAAGACAAAAUUGUUGAAGAGUGCCGUUUCCUAAUAAGGAAAUUUGAGACUUAUGAAGGAAAACCAUUUGAAAUUAAGACAAUCAUGAAUGCUUCUGUUUCCAAUAUUAUUGUGUCCAUAUUACUUGGCAAGCGAUUUGAAUAUGAAGACCCCACAUUCUUAAGACUGCUGCAGUUGAUCAAUGAAAAUAUCCAGCUUUUGGGAACUCCCUCAGUCCUGCUGUAUAGCCUGUUUCCUGCUCUUGGCUUUCUUUCUGGAGCUCACAAAACGGUCCUUAAUAACAGAGAUGAAUUUCAAGCCUUUGUAACUGCCACCUUCAUAGAACACCUCAAAGAAUUGGAUGAAAAUGACCAGAGAAGCUUUAUUGAUUCAUUUCUUAUCCGACAGCAAGAGGAAAAGAAGAACAAUAUUAAUGGAUACUUCCAUAAUGAUAACCUAAUAGGUGUGGUGGCAAACCUAUUUGCUGCUGGAACAGAGACCACUUCAACCACACUGCGCUGGGGCCUCUUGCUAAUGAUGAAAUACCCUGACAUUCAGAGGAAAGUCCAAGAGGAAAUUGCAACCGUUGUUGGGUCUUCCCAGCCCCGGAUUGAACAUCGGACAAAAAUGCCCUAUGCAGAUGCAGUGAUCCAUGAAAUUCAGAGAUUUGGAAAUAUUAUCCCAACAAACCUGCCACAUGCCACCACUGUGGAUGUUACUCUUAAUGGCUACUUCAUCCCAAAGGGAACUGAGAUCAUGCCAUUACUGGCCUCUGUGCUGCAAGAUGAGACCCAGUGGGAGAAGCCAUACAAAUUCUACCCGGAGCAUUUUCUCGACUCUGAUGGGAAAUUUGUAAAGAGGGAUGCAUUCAUGCCUUUCUCUGCAGGUCGGAGAAUAUGUGUAGGUGAGACCCUUGCCAAAAUGGAGCUCUUCCUCUUCUUUGCAAGUCUCCUGCAGAAAUUCACAUUCCAGCCAGCCCCAGGAACAUCUAAAGAAGACCUGGAUCUAACUCCUGCAGAUGGGUUUACAACACCUCCAAUGCCCUACAAGCUCUGUGCUGUGCCACGCUCAUGAGAUGCCGCUCGCUUGCAUUUCUCAGCUCCCUUGUGUCCAUCGUCCGCUUCUUCACACAUUAUGGAACCAAUAAAAGCCUCAGGUUCAUCAAACCUCAUCUCAAUACCUCCCGGUGUUAUACAUCUGAGCAAGCCUCACCUACAUGCAAUCAGGGCUGUGUGUUUGAGGUGUGUGAGCCGGCUCAAAAUUGAGCCAGCUUGGUCUCAAACCAGGUCAACUUGAAGGCUUGGCUCAAGAGUGGCGGAGGGGGGUAAAAAUGUUUUUGAAAAGCACUGCAGUGGCCUCUAGAUGGUGCUGCAGGAUCUGUAGAGGGAUCUCAGUGGCUCACCGUGCUGGUUCAAACUGUUUGGGGGCCAUUUUGGCUCUCUGUGUGCACAUGGUGGCCAUUUUUAAGGGCUGCCACAUAUGCACACUGUCCAUUUGUGUGACCCGGGUCCUGAAAAUGGCCAGUGUGCAUGCACGGCGGCCACAAAAAUGGCCACCGGGCAUGUAGAGAGGGCUGAAUAUUCCCCAAAAUGACCCAGGGAGACUUGAGGGGGGCUGGCAGGAGGAGAGCACCCACUUCAGCACCCACCCUCGGGGUCACCACAGCCCUCAGCAGCAGCAAGUCAUUCAUUUUUAAAAACAAUUUUUACGGCUCCUGCCUGCUCGAACUGGGCCCAAAACGGUUCAGAUUCUAACCAAACUGGGCUCGGAUCCAGUGUACACAAAACCGAACCAGAUCCAGUUCAGCUCAAGUCCUAUUCAAUUCCAGUCAAACCGGGUUUUCCAGUUUAGUUCACACCUCUCCUAUGUGUAUGCUCACAUUCUGUGCUCUUCCUAGUAUACUGUUUCUCAUAGAAUCAUAGAGUUGGAAGGGACCUUGGAGAUCUUCUAGUCUUACCACCACCACCACCCCGCUCAAUGCAGAAAACUGCUACAGCAUCCCAGACAGAUGGUGGUCCAGCCUCUGUUUGAAAACCUCUAGCAAAGGAGACCCCACCAUUGUGGAAGGCAAACUCUUCCAUUGGCAAAUGGUUCUUUCAUCAGGAAAUUCCUCCCAAUGUCUAGCCUGAAUGUGCUUCCUUGUAAAGUCAACCCAUUCCUUUUAGUCCUGCCCUCAAAGAGUAGCAGAGAAUAAGUCUGCUCCACCCUCUUUGUGGCAACCCUGAAGAUAUUUGAAGACAACUAUCAAUUGUCCCUCUGUGGGAGUCUUUGAAAGACAGCAAAGACUUGUCUGUUUCAUCAGACAUUCCCACAUCUUAUUUGCUGUGAGAUGUGAGGUUUGCCAUUAUUUUUGACUAGUGGUAUGUGUUUAGGUAAAGGUUAAGUGUGCCAUCGAGUCACUUUCGACUCCUGGCAAUCACAGAGCCCUGUGGUUGUCUUUGGUAGAAUACAGGAGGUGUUGACCAUUGCCUCCUCCAGCGCAGUGUGAAAUGAUGCCUUUCAGCAUCUUCCUAUGUCGCUGCUGCCCAAUAUAGGUGUUUCCCAUAAUCUGGGGAACAUACCAGCGGGCAUUCAAACCAGCAACCUUCUGCUUGUUAGUCAAACAUUUCCUCGCUGCGCCACUUAAGGUGGUCUUUACUUACUGGUAAACUGCUGUUGUUUUUAUUUGCUGUUUUGUAAGACACUUUGAAUUUCAAGAAAUAAAUUAUAUAGUGGCUACUA